AUGUUGGGUAGACUCUUGAGCACCGCCGCCUCGAGCCUGAACCCGGCAGCAUACUCUUCUCGGAACCACGGCACCCCUCUCGAAUCCGUGACUGAGGAAGAACACACCUCCGGGCUUCUCUUCCCUGAUGCCAGCCUCCUCCGCCGAUCCAAUGCCCAUGCCUACCCACUACAAACAACAUUCCACUCCCCGAAUGCCUCUACUGCAGGGGCUUAUGAUGACCGCGGGGGAAUGGAACUGGAUUCACUGAAGGAUUUCCGAGUCAUUGUGGCUCAGAAUGCCCUAGGAGAUCGUGAUGCAUGUGUUCUGAUCGACACCCGUGCGUCUUCAGAUUCUCCUGCGACAGGCCUUGGAAUUGAUUCGCACGGGGAGCAAUCGGGCCCGAGACAUGCUCGUGCCGUAUCCAGUCUCUCGCGUGGCACUCGUCGGAAUCUCUUGACCCAAUCCUCGGUAGUCGAAUCCAGUCCCCUCUCUGCAGCUGCCGAUGCACGCCGGUCGACACCUGCAAGCCCCGGUGCCUUCUCUCGGGCUCGAGGUCGCAGCUCCACUCUCGCACCAUCUGGAACAUGGCAUGAAUCCGGCCAAUCCCGGCAUGCGUCCGAUUCUAAUGACACGGGUCUUCUCAAUUGUAUCUUCGGCAGUAGUGCCUUCAGCUACCGUGGCUCGUCUACCAAGAUGCACAUUAUAUCUGCCGAUGAUGACCCUUCAGCGGUGGUCAGUAUGUCCCCCGCUGCCCGCAGCCCACUGGCUCGGGCCUACACUACCGGGAGCUCGGGCCUUAUAGGGACAGGUCGAGAAUCGGAUUCCAAGCCACCAUCAAAAGUAACGGUGCUUGUGACUCGCAUGUUUAGUGUCAACCUUCCUGAAGGUGCCGAAGCGUCGGCUGAGAGACAAGACUACGCUACUUCUCUCUACCAAGAAUCUUUACCCGACAUGGGUUUCCCCUUCCCAGAUGUGGCUAAACAGCGGAAGAAGAUCAAAGAGAAGAAAACUCCGAUGUACGCUGUUGCGAUUACUAUCCAGAUUCCAUUGCUGGCACGCAAUGCCCCUCGACCCGUGUCAAGAUUCAGUACACUGGGCCCAGACGCUCCUAGAGCAGGGCUAUCUAGCUCGCUGGACUCGGACUACCGAUGGUCCGGGCACUCGAGUCUAGACGAGCGGCUGGACCUAUUGGUUGACCACUGGGAUGUUAUAACCCGAACUCUAUCUCACUUGGAAAGACUGGCUCGGAAUGAGAUUCUUUUCCUCCUCAGAAAGGUGGACUCUUUAUCCGGACCCCACCCGAAGCCCGCCAAGCCGCCCAACAUGCAGCGAACAAAUCAGACCAUUGUGCACCUCCCCGCCAACAUCUUGUCUGUGAACUCUAAACUGAAGGAAGAAGCGCUUCGCAGCACCCGCAGAAUUAGCUUGGCUCUUCAGACUCCAUAUGUCGUGACUGGACAGAGUCGGUGGGGCGUAUGGCGGGAGGAAGGACGAUCGAUUGUUCGUGGCCUCGGAGAUAAAGAGCAGAAUUUCUUUUUUCUCGUGUUGCUGACGGCAUUUCUGGGUAACCAUACCGAGUGGUUGAAUGCUCUGGGUCCAGAGUGGUACCGUCGUCGACAUAAUCAACAGCAAAAGGCCCAGCAAGACUCAGAUCCUAUUCUGACCCACAGGACUGUUGUUGUCUGUCCUGAUAAGAUGACCGCUCGUAGGUUGAUUUUCUUGCUUUCUGCAUUCCUUCCUUCCAAACAGCGUCUGGAGCCUCUUCCCUCCCCGCUUAGGCCUGGUACGUCGGCUUCGUUGCGGGCUAUCUCUCAGAGCCCUCCAGCUGUGCCUGUCCUCCGACAGGAAUCCCUUCGAAGAGCAAUUGAACGGCGGUCGCGUGCCCAAAGAAUGAAUACUGGGGAAUAUGAACAUCACCGUCGCUCAAUGAGUCUUUCGUCCCAGGACGCGGCUCAACGGUCAUUCGAGGGCACCGAUAACCCCGUUACGUCUCAGCCAAUCUCCGCUCGCCGGGGAUCGGAUGCUCGCUCUAUUAGAACGCUUGGACCGGCAAUUCAAACCAAAGACCUGCGCGCUCAGAACACGAGUGGUGCCACCACUUCGAUGACGACUCAAAGUAGCACAGUCCCCGUCCCCCAUUUCACAUCGCAGCAGUCUAGUUCUGACCAGGGAGGCUCGGAGCGCAAUGCGAUCAAUGCUAAUGAAAGCCUGGCAUCUGAGACCUUGCUGAAGAGUUUGCAGAGAAGUGAAAGUUCAGUGUUGAGUUCGAAUGGCAGUGUUCCAUCUGCGGGAGGCCGGUGGGGUGGCCUUUUCUCCGGUCUUUGGAGUUCGAGACAGGAUUCAUCCACUGAUAGCAGUGAUAUGUGUUCCGCGUCUGCUGCAGCCCGCAAGCGGUCUGUGUCUACCAUGGCUGGCCCGCCCACACGUGGUGCACCUACCCUAAGUCAGAUGGUCAGAGAAGUCACCGAGGAUGAAGCAGAACAUUGCAUGGAGACCACACCCAGUGGUAAUAUUUCAAUCCCAACGGCAUCUGCGGCACCUCACAGUUCCGAGGAUGACUCAGCUGAGCCAUCAUCGCUUACGAGUCAAGUCCGUGAAUCUCCUCUCAAGCUGUCUGUUCGGGAAGAAGAAGGUGUGGUGGAUGUUGACAUUCCACUUCCUGGUUUUCUCUCACUUUCUUCCUCAGGAGAGUCAACCAUUGCUUCGCCCAGAAAGACCCGAACGUCAGUGACCAGUGUAGAUGCAGUCGCAUCGACGCACAGUAGUGGUUCUGGCUUCCAUGGUGCGAUGAAAGACCAUGAUGGCCCCAGCACACACGUAGCUGGUUGGCUGAAACUCUUCCAUGAAGAUUUUUCCGUGCAAGCAGUUCGACCCUACGCUGCCCUUGAAGCGGAUAUCAAACGCGCGAUGCGAGCAGAGCCUUCCCCUUACAUUCCCGCUACACCUGACGCGGAAGGGUCUGAGAAAUGGGUGGAUGUUGCGACGACAUUAAUCGCAGAUACUCGCAGUUCAUCUGUCAAGCGUCUUCGGUUGAGACGUAAGAUUGUUGUGGGUCACCAUGGGUUUGGAGCGAAUCACACUCCCCCUUCGCCAGCCAGUGCCCUUAAUUCCAGCCAUACGCGGUCUACCUCCCAGUUUUCAGGCUUCUUUGGGUCAGGAAAGCUUCCUGAUGGGACCACUGACGGUCAUGAUUCGAAUUUUGUAGAAGAGCGGUUCAUCGAGGAGCCGGUCAUGGACCUUGAUGGGAUCCUAGUCGAUGCGGUUGAGCGAGUCCUCGGUCAGAGUGGCUAUUCGUCUCUUGCACAUUCGCGUGCUCCCUCUCCCACCCGUGCGCGUCGUGGGGAAGAUAAGGGCCAAACUACGCCCCGUGGCGAAGAAAUGCCCACAGUUGAGGUUCCUCGCGGUGAGUGCCGCAAAAUGGUACUUGGUGCCUUGGAAGAGGUUGUCCGCCUCGUCACCGCAGAACAUUGCCGCGAUGAUGUUGACAGCGAGCUUGGUGUCGCUGACCGAGAGCGGAGGAGAGCUAUGGCCGGCGCUGACAACACUCUGCGUGAAGGCAUCCGGAAAUGGCUUCUCGAUGUUGAAGAAGCUUGGUGA